AGAAAAUGAAAAUCAAGCAAAAAUCAUUUAAAAUACUGAAUUUCACAGAAAACGUAUUUGGGAUCUAUAGAAAUAUUAGCACUUUUAGCAAAAUAGGAAAAACGAUAGGAGUGGUUUUAAUUUCUACUGAAUUGUUUUUGUGUUUGUAUAUAGUUUUCACUAAAUUCAACAAUUCUAAAAAUGCAUAUACGUGUAUUGCUCAGUUAAAUUCUAUACUUUCUAUUUUGUUGUCUUGUUACUAUUCGAAAACAUACGUUAAAUUUCUUAGUUGCUUAAAUGCCAAUGAUGUAUUGGUUGAUUUUCAAAAUGACAAGAUAUAUUUUAAACGUUUGGCUAGAUAUUUUAAAAUUGGCCUAUUUCGAUUAUGCGCAUAUUUAAUUCUUUAUUGUUUAAUGUUAUUUAUUAUGGCAUUUUUCAAUGUUAACAUUUCAUCCCGCAAAGGAGAGGAAAGGAUAUUGACUCUCGCCAGAGUGCUAAGUAUAAUGCGUUUACAUGUUGAAUGCAACUGUAUUUAUUAUACAUUUCAUACAAUAUCUGAACAACUGCAAUGUAUUAUGAGAUCUGUCGUUAGAAGCAAAUUAUUUUAUCAAGAAGAUAGCGCUCAAAUGAUCAAUCUAGAAAAAUGGCGCCAAUACUACACAAAUGUGAAAAAAAGCACAGGAUACUUUAAUCAAAUUUAUGAUGAAAAUAAGCUAAAGAUGGUAAAACAGCUUUUGCAAAUAGUUACAACGCGACCAAUAAGAGUAAAAUCUUUUGGUGGUAUUGACGUCAACAUGACGCUGAUUCCCGCGUGCCUCAGCAUCGUCGCAAGCUACACUAUCAUCGCUCUCCAGUUCAACAACAUCGUGUAA